AUGGACAAACACCGCCGCCGUGAUGAGUCUCCCUCCGGUCUAUCAGAUAUUGUCGAGCCGGACGGUCUCUUAGGGACCGGCAUCACGUCGCGUCAUAUCGAGGCCUUCGGGCGCAAAGUCACAUCGACUGCUGGCCAUUUGAUGGGACCGGCUCCCGACUCCUCCAGCGGCGGCCACUACCACACUGCUAUGGCCGACAUCCAGCGCGAAUUACGCCAUCCCAACACCCAGCGCAAAGUCUUUUCUCUCACCCAGACCACCCCUACCGAUCUGGUCCGCUCCAAGCUCUCCACCACCGAAAUUCAGUCGCGGGCCAUCUCCUCCCUUCCUGACGAACUUCUCGCCAAUAUCCCCGACGACUCCAGCUCGUAUUCUCUCUUCCAGGGCUUCCAGGCGUCGCAGGAUGACAUUGAGUAUCGCCGCGCCCAUCGCCGGCGCUCUUCCAAGAGCAAGAAGUUGUUGAAGGAUGGGGAGACGCGCGGCGCUUUGCCGUCCGCUCCGUCGGAUUUGAAGAAGGAACGGGACUUGCUGAGCCGCCGGAUGGAACUUAUGGGCGUUCGCAAGAACAUGUGCAGCUCGGAGAUACACGACAUAGAUAACAAGAUCGCAAACCUACACAACAUGCGGAAGAUUGUGCUAGACCGAUUGGCAGGCCUUGAGAUGGAGGAGGCGGAUCUAGAACAUGAGCUGAACGAGAUUGAGAACAAAUUGGAGGAUAUCCAAGAAGAGCAAGAGGCCGAGGUGCCCCCUCCCGCAACUCCCAAGUCUUCCGAGGCCAACGAUGACUCGAUUGUUUCUGAAGACCCAGCCAUGGGUGCUUCCUUUAUGUCUGAAUCCAUCUACCAGAAGAUCCCUUCGCCGAAGAGCGUGAAGCAGCGAUCUAUAAGGAAACGAUCGAUGCCAGUUUUGCACGAACACUUCGCUCCCGGUUCUGAAAUCAAAGAGAUGCCGGCACACUCGGACAUGGUUACUGCUAUUGAUUUCGACUAUCCGUUUGGCACCAUGAUCAGUGCUGCCCUGGAUGAUACGGUGCGGGUAUGGGAUCUCAACGUCGGCCGCUGCGUGGGCUUCCUGGAGGGACACAACGCAUCUGUCCGCUGCCUACAGAUUGAGGACAACAUUGUCGCCACUGGAUCUAUGGACGCAUCUGUGAAGCUCUGGGAUCUGAGCCGGGCCCGGACCACAACUCGCGACAACCGCGUCACCCGGCGCGAGGACGAUGAGGAAUCUGCGCAUGCUGAUGACGCCUCCAUGGCAUCUCACUCGACCACCCUGGAAGACUGCUAUGUGUACUCGCUUGAUGCGCACGUCGAUGAAGUAACCGCCCUGCACUUCAAGGGAGACACCCUGAUUUCCGGAUCUGCCGACAAGACGUUGCGACAGUGGGAUCUGGUCAAAGGGCGCUGCGUGCAGACGCUGGAUGUCUUGUGGGCAGCGGCCCAGGCGUCUACUCUAGGAAGUGAGACGACAUGGCGCCCGUCAGGACGCCUGCCAGACGCUUCUGCGGACUUUGUCGGCGCAGUUCAGUGUUUCGAUGCGGCGCUGGCCUGCGGAACGGCGGACGGUAUGGUGCGCCUGUGGGAUCUUCGCAGCGGCCAAGUCCACCGGAGCUUGGUGGGCCAUACCGGUCCUAUUACAUGCCUACAGUUCGACGAUGUGCACUUGGUGACUGGUAGUCAGGACCGCAGCAUCAGAAUUUGGGAUCUCCGAACUGGAUCUAUCUUCGAUGCCUACGCGUACGACAAGCCCAUCACCAGCAUGAUGUUCGACACCAAGCGCAUCGUCGCGGCAGCCGGAGAGAACGUUGUCAAGGUAUACGACAAGGCGGAUGGACACCACUGGGACUGUGGUGCCGGAGUUGGCGUUGACGACAGUGGGCCGCAGCCGGCCACGGUCGAGCGUGUUCGGCUCAAGGAUGGAUUCCUUGUUGAGGGCCGCAAGGACGGUAUCGUCGCGGCGUGGACUUGUUAAAUGAAGCCUAUACGACCUGCAAGACUCGCAACGUACAUGCUAACUAUCAUCAUCAUGUUUUUGUAUUUGUGACUGCUUGACUGCCUCAGCGACUGUAUAUUAUUCUUACUUUGGCAAUAUAGAAGGAUGGCCGUCCUGGGAGGGCAGCCGUGUAAAUGAAGCAUUCGAGGACCUGUACUUUUCUUUGUUACGAUGAAAC